GAUCAUUAUAGGAAAGGAAGUUCCAGCUAGCUAACUACCUUCAGUAUCCCCGCAGCGCCUGCCAGUUUCCCGCGUGUGUUUCGCGGGCUCUGCUUUUCUCCCGCACACUCUCCGGACACGCACGCCGCGUGUGUGCAGGAAGAUAGCGAACUCCAAUGGCGACCUGGAGCCGCAGUGUGGCAUGCAAGGUCAACCUUGUACUUCUGCUCGUCUACAUGGUGCUGUUAUGCAGCCUCGUCAGUGCACCGAGACCUUCAGGGCCUUUUGAGUGUGACAAUGGUAAAAAUAUACCCCGGAAUUGGCUGUGUGAUGGUCAUGAUGACUGCGACGAUGGACACAGAUCUGACGAACAGAACUGUGAUGCCUCUCUUCCAGUACAGUGUGAGGGUGAGCAGUUCGCAUGUGAGGAUGGCACACAAUGUGCUAGUGGUCAACACGUCUGCGACCAUGACUUUGAUUGCGACGACCGUUCUGAUGAAAAGAUUGCU